AUGGCAAACUCGACGGGGAAGGCGCCUCCGGACGAGCGGAGAAAGGGACUGGCUUUCCUGGACGAGCUGCGGCAGUUCCACCACAGCCGAGGGUCGCCUUUUAAGAAAAUCCCCGCGGUGGGUGGGAAGGAGCUGGAUCUGCACGGUCUCUACACCAGAGUGACUACUUUAGGAGGAUUCGCGAAGGUUUCGGAGAAGAAUCAGUGGGGAGAAAUUGUUGAAGAGUUCAACUUUCCCAGAAGUUGUUCUAACGCUGCCUUUGCUUUAAAACAGUAUUACUUGCGUUACCUAGAAAAGUACGAGAAAGUUCAUCAUUUUGGGGAGGAUGAUGAUGAAGUACCACCAGGCAAUCCAAAGCCACAGCUUCCUAUUGGUGCAAUUCCAUCUUCCUACAAUUACCAGCAACACAGUGUAUCAGAUUAUCUUCGUCAAAGUUAUGGGCUAUCUAUGGACUUCAAUUCGCCAAAUGAUUAUAACAAAUUGGUGCUUUCACUGUUAUCUGGGCUCCCAAAUGAAGUGGAUUUUGCUAUUAAUGUAUGCACUCUUCUAUCAAAUGAAAGCAAACAUGUCAUGCAACUUGAAAAAGACCCUAAAAUCAUCACUUUAUUACUUGCUAAUGCUGGGGUGUUUGACGACACUUUAGGAUCCUUUUCUACUGUAUUUGGAGAAGAAUGGAAGGAGAAGACUGAUAGAGAUUUUGUUAAGUUUUGGAAAGACAUUGUUGAUGAUAAUGAAGUUCGUGACCUUAUUUCUGAUAGAAACAAGUCUCAUGAAGGUACAUCAGGAGAAUGGAUUUGGGAGUCUUUAUUUCAUCCACCUCGAAAGCUGGGCAUUAAUGAUAUUGAAGGACAGCGGGUACUUCAGAUUGCAGUGAUUUUGCGAAACCUUUCUUUUGAGGAGGGAAAUGUUAAGCUCUUGGCAGCUAAUCGUACCUGUCUUCGUUUCUUAUUACUUUCUGCACAUAGUCAUUUUAUUUCUCUAAGGCAAUUAGGCCUUGACACAUUAGGAAAUAUUGCAGCUGAGCUUUUAUUGGACCCUGUUGAUUUCAAAACUACUCAUCUGAUGUUUCAUACUGUUACAAAAUGUCUAAUGUCAAGGGAUAGAUUUUUAAAGAUGAGGGGCAUGGAAAUUUUGGGAAAUCUUUGCAAAGCAGAAGAUAAUGGUGUUUUGAUUUGUGAAUAUGUCGAUCAGGACUCAUACAGAGAGAUCAUUUGUCAUCUCACUUUACCUGAUGUACUGCUCGUAAUCUCAACACUCGAGGUGCUAUAUAUGCUCACAGAAAUGGGAGAUGUAGCCUGCACAAAAAUUGCAAAAGUAGAAAAGAGCAUAGACAUGUUAGUAUGUCUGGUUUCUAUGGAUAUUCAAAUGUUUGGCCCUGAUGCACUAGCUGCAGUAAAACUCAUUGAACAUCCAAGUUCCAGUCAUCAAGUUUUAUCUGAAAUUAGGACACAAGCUGUAGAGCAAGUUCAAACCCAGAUCCAUGUAGCAUCUGCCCCAGCUUCCAGAGCAGUUGUAGCACAGCAUGUUGCUCCACCUCCAGGAAUAGUGGAAAUAGAUAGUGAGAAGUUUUCUUGUCAGUGGCUAAAUGCUCAUUUUGAAGUAAAUCCAGAUUGUUCUGUCUCUCGAGCAGAAAUGUAUUCUGAGUACCUCUCAACUUGCAGUAAAUUAGCUCGUGGUGGAAUCCUAACAUCAACUGGAUUUUAUAAAUGUCUUAGAACUGUGUUUCCAAAUCAUUCAGUGAAGAGAGUGGAGGAUUCCAGUAAUAGUGGGCAGGCGCAUAUUCAUGUCGUAGGAGUAAAACGGAGGGCUAUACCACUUCCCAUUCAGAUGUACUAUCAGCAGCAGCCAGUUUCUACUCCUGUUGUUCGUGUUGAUUCUGUUCCUGAUAUAUCUACAAGUCCUUUACCUGCAGGAAUCCCUCAUGGACCACAAACUGUAGGAAACCAUUUUCAGAGGACUCCUGUUACCAAUCAAUCUUCAAAUUUGACUGCAACACAAAUGUCUUUUCCUGUACAAGGUGUUCAUACUAUGGCACAGACUGUUUCAAGAAUUCCACCAAAUCCUUCAGUUCAUACCCACCAGCAACAAAAUGCUCCGGUGACUGUCAUUCAAAAUAAAGCUCCAAUUCCUUGUGAAGUUGUUAAGGCUACAAUGAUCCAGAAUUCUAUACCCCAGACAGCAGUUCCUGUUAGUAUUGCUGUGGGAGGAGGAGCUGCACAGAGUUCUGUAGUUCAGAAUCAUAGUACAGGGCCACAGCCUGUUACAGUUGUAAAUUCCCAGACAUUGCUUCAUCAUCCAUCUGUAAUUCCACAACAGUCUCCAUUACACACCGUAGUACCAGGGCAGAUACCUUCUGGCACUCCUGUUACUGUAAUUCAACAAACUGUCCCACAAAGUCAUAUAUUUGGCAGAGUACAGACCAUGCCAGCAUGUACUUCUACAGUUUCACAGGGUCAACAGUUGAUCACCACGUCACCCCAACCUGUGCAAACUUCAUCUCAACAGACAUCAGCUGGUAGCCAGCCACAAGACACUGUCAUCAUAGCACCCCCACCGUAUGUAACAACUUCUGCAUCUAAUAUUGUCUCAGCAACUUCAGUACAGAAUUUUCAGGUAGCUACAGGACAAAUGGUUACUAUUGCUGGUGUCCCAAGUCCACAACCCUCAAGGGUAGGGUUUCAGAACAUUGCACCAAAACCUCUCCCUUCUCAGCAAGUUUCAUCAACAGUGGUACAACAGCCUAUUCAACAACCACAGCAGCCAGCCCAACAAAGUGUAGUGAUUGUAAGCCAGCCAGCUCAACAAGGUCAGACGUAUGCACCAGCCAUUCACCAAAUUGUUCUUGCUAAUCCAGCAGCUCUUCCAGCUGGUCAGACAGUUCAGCUAACUGGACAACCAAACAUAACUCCAUCUUCCUCACCAUCACCUGUCCCAGCUUCUAAUAACCAAGUCCCUACUGCCAUGUCAUCUUCUUCCACCCCUCAAACACAGGGACCACCUCCUACUGUCAGUCAAAUGCUAUCUGUGAAAAGACAGCAGCAGCAGCAUUCACCAGCACCUCCACCUCAGCAGGUACAAGUACAAGUUCAGCAGCCACAAGUACAGAUGCAAGUUCAACCACAGCAAACAAAUGCAGUUGGUCAGCCUGCUUCUGGUGAGUCAAGCCUGAUAAAACAGUUGCUGCUUCCAAAACGUGGUCCUUCAACUCCAGGUGGUAAGCUUAUUCUCCCAGCUCCACAGGUUCCUCCCCCUAAUAAUGCAAGAGCUCCUAGCCCUCAGGUGGUAUACCAGGUGGCCAAUAACCAAGCAGCAGGUUUUGGAAUGCAGGGGCAAACUCCAGCACAGCAGCUGUUAGUUGGGCAGCAAAAUGUUCAGUUGGUCCAAGGUGCAAUGCCUUCCACAGGAGGAGUGCAAACUCUGCCCAUCCCGAAUUUACAAAUAUUGCCAGGUCCACUGAUCUCAAAUAGCCCAGCAACCAUUUUCCAAGGGACUUCUGGCAACCAGGUAACCAUAACAGUUGUGCCAAAUACAAGUUUUGCAACUGCAACUGUGAGUCAGGGAAAUGCAACUCAGCUAAUUGCUCCAGCAGGAAUUACCAUGAGCGGGACCCAGGCAGGAGUUGGACUUCAGGUGCAAACACUUCCAGCCAGUCAAGCAUCUCCAGCUGGACAAUCAUCUUGUACUACUGCUACUCCCCCAUUCAAAGGUGAUAAAAUAAUUUGCCAAAAGGAGGAGGAAGCAAAAGAAGCAACAGGUUUACAUGUUCAUGAACGUAAAAUUGAAGUCAUGGAGAACCCGUCCUGCAGACGAGGAACCAUGAACACCAGCAAUGGGGAUACAAAAGAAAAUGAAAUGCAGGUGGGAAGUCUUUUAAAUGGGAGAAAGUACAGUGACUCAAGUCUACCUCCUUCAAACUCAGGGAAAAUUCAAAGUGAGGCUAAUCAGUGCUCACUAAUUAGUAAUGGGCCAUCAUUAGAAUUAGGUGAAAAUGGAGCAUCUGGAAAACAGAACUCAGAACAAGUGGACAUGCAGGAUAUCAAAAGUGAUUUGAGAAAACCUUUAGUUAAUGGAAUCUGUGAUUUUGAUAAAGGAGAUGGUUCUCAUUUAAGCAAAAACAUUCCAAAUCACAAAACUUCCAAUCAUGUAGGAAAUGGUGAGAUAUCUCCAAUGGAAUCACAAGGGACACUAGAUGCCACUCAGCAAGAUACUGCCAAAGGUGAUCAACUAGAAAGAAUUUCUAAUGGACCUGUAUUAACUUUGGGUGGUUCACCAUCUGUGAGCAGUAUACAGGAGACUUCAAAUGUGGCAACACAGCAAUCUAGUGGUACUGACUUGCCUAAUGGACCUCUAACUUCAAGUUUGAAUUCAGAUGUGCCUCAGCAACGCCCAAGUGUGGUUGUCUCACCACAUUCUACAACCUCUGUUAUACAGGGGCAUCAAAUCAUAGUUCCCCACUCAGGAUCGAGAGUGUCCCAUUCUCCUGCCCUACCAUCUGAUGUUCGGUCUACAAAUGGCACAGCAGAAUGCAAAACUGUAAAGAGGCCAGCAGAAGAUAAUGAUAGGGAAACAGUCACAGGAAUUCCAAAUAAAGUAGGCGUUAGAAUUGUUACAAUCAGUGACCCCAACAAUGCUGGCUGCAGUGCAACAAUGGUUGCUGUGCCAGCAGGAGCAGAUCCAAGCACUGUAGCUAAAGUAGCAAUAGAAAGUGCUGUUCAGCAAAAGCAGCAGCAGCCACCGUCAUACGUACAGAAUGUGGUCCCACAGAACACUCCUAUGACGCCUUCACCAGCUGUACAAGUGCAGAACCAGCCUAACAGUUCUCAGCCUCCUCCAUUCAGUGCAUCUAGUCAACAUGGGGAUUCAGUGAGAAAACCUGGACACAACUUCAUGUGUCUGUGGCAGUCUUGUAAAAAGUGGUUUCAGACACCCUCACAGGUUUUCUACCAUGCAGCGACUGAACAUGGAGGAAAAGAUGUCUAUCCAGGGCAAUGUCUGUGGGAAGGUUGUGAGCCUUUUCAGCGACAAAGGUUUUCUUUUAUUACCCACUUACAGGAUAAGCACUGUUCAAAGGAUGCCCUGCUUGCAGGAUUAAAACAAGAUGAACCAGGACAAGCAGGAAGUCAAAAACCUUCUACCAAGCAGCCAGUUGUAGGGGGCACAAGCUCAACUCCUAGAGCACAAAAGGCCAUUGUGAACCAUCCCAGUGCUGCCCUUAUGGCUCUGCGGAGAGGAUCAAGAAACCUCGUCUUUCGAGAUUUUACAGAUGAAAAAGAGGGACCAAUAACUAAACACAUCCGACUAACAGCUGCCUUAAUAUUAAAAAAUAUUGGUAAAUAUUCAGAAUGUGGUCGCAGGUUGUUGAAGAGACACGAAAACAGCCUAUCAGUGCUAGCCAUUAGUAACAUGGAAGCGUCCUCCACCCUUGCCAAAUGCCUUUACGAACUUAACUUUACAGUUCAGAGUAAAGAACAAGAAAAAGACUCGGAAAUGCUGCAGUGA